AGAAUUUGGGUCACCCAAGCGGCCGAGCCGAGAACAGGGCAGAGCACGAAGCGGAAGCGCAUCCGCAGGCACGACAUGUCUCGCCGGCGGCGAGGAGGCUCCGACUCCGACGGCGAGGACAACAGCUUCCUCUACCGCUACCCGCUCCCCUCCGCCGCCGCCUCAGCAGGCGUCUCAGCGGGAGGCAGCGGCAAGCCCCGGGGCGGGGGCUCGGGCGGCCUCGCGCCGUCCAAAUCCACAGUCUACGUGUCCAACCUGGACUUCUCGCUCACCAACUCCGACAUCCACCUCCUCUUCUCCCGAUUCGGACGCGUCGCGCGCGUCACCGUCCUCAAGGACCGUGAAUCCCGCCGCAGCCGCGGCGUCGCCUUCGUCCUCUUCGUCCUCCGGGAGGACGCCGCGGCCGCGGCCGCCGAGAUGCACGGCAAGGUGCUCAACGGGCGCACGCUCUCCGCCUCCAUCGCCGACGACAACGGCCGCGCCGCGGAGUUCAUCCGACGCCGCGUGUAUCGGGACAAGUCACGGUGCUACGAGUGCGGCGAGGAGGGCCACCUCUCCUACGAGUGCCCCCGCAACCAGCUCGGGCCCCGCGAGAGGCCCGCACCGUCUAAGAAGUCGCGCCGCGGUGGUGGUAGUGGUGGGGGCACUGGCGGGCGUGGGCGCGGUCGCGGGGGAGAGGCUGAUUGGCAUUCAGAUGACGAUGAAGAUGCCGCUGCCGCCGCCGCGUUCGAGGACGACAGGUGGGCGUCGGUGGUGGAUACGAGGGGAGAGGAGGAGAAGUCGGCUGGCAAGGAAGAGGGAAAAAAAAAGGGAAAGGCGGCGAGGAAGGAGAAGAGGAAAGGCUACUUCAGCGACGAGAGUGAUGAGGACGAGGACUAAGCUUCAGUGUAUCCUGCUAAUGUUGUUGUGUUUUAACAAUAGAUCUAACGUUAGUUACGUGAUCAACAGCUUUGUGUAUGAAUGCUAGCUUUUUAAAUUUCAGAAGUUAUGGCUGAUUACUUGUUACA